CCUUCUCCGAGUCCACGCUCUCACCUUUUAGUGCAGAAGACACACUUUUCACGCUGAAAAUGUCCGUCAGGGUGAACUUUGAGGAUUAAGGACUUUAAUGAGAAACUAAAUCGUCACUUUUUGAUAGUUUUUGCUUUUUGUUGUUUUUAAUGGCAAAAUGUCCCCGGAAGCUUCUCUCGUCCUCCUGCUCCUCCUCCUCGGUUCGGUCUCGGCUCGCCGUGGCGCUCCCGUGUCCUUCGGACGGAUUCGGGAGAACUCCCCCGCCGGGACCCUGGUGGCCGGGGUGGCGGUGCAAGUCCGAGCCGGCAUCUUCCCCGGUGAGGACCUGCUCAAAGCCGCCCUCACGGGGAACUACGCGAACGACUUCCGGCUCGUCCCGGGCCGCCCGAACCACCUGGUUCUGGUCUCGUCUAAAUCCCUGGACCGGGAGUUCAUCGCCAUGUACGAGCUGAAAGUGGACCUGCAUCCCCGGUACUGUCUCCGGGGUCCGGUCCAGGUGCAGGUGGAGGUGUUGGAUGCGAACGACAACACGCCUCGCUUCCUUGGAGGGAACCAGACCGUGGAGGUGGACGAGCUGACCCUGCUCGGUUCCGAGCUGGCCCACUUCCGUGCCAAGGACGGGGACGCGGGUGCGAACGGACGCGUGACUUUCUUCACCCGGCCCGAGUCUCACCUGCUCCACGUGGACCCCGCCACCGGCCAGGUGAGGCUGGUGGGCUCGCUGAGGGGCUCCCGCGGGGUCUCGGCCCCGGUCUACGCGAGGGACGGCGGCCGCCAGCCGCUGGUCGGUGGUCCGGUCUUCCUGCACGUUCUGGUCCGCCGCCGGUCCGGCCGAGCCAAGCGAACCCUGUCCGAGGAGGUGGCCUACAGCGUCGACGUCCCGGACCAGGCCAGGACCGGAGACCUGGUCUUCACGGUCCCGGACCAGAGGUUCGAGCACCGCUGGUUCGAGGUGAUAUCCGAGCAGGACUCGCCGGUCCAGAUCGAGAGGGACUCGGGUCGAGUCUACCUGGCGAGCAGACUGCAGGAGCCUGCAGAAGUUCUGGUCAAAGUCCAAAGACACCGAGGUGAGGAGUGGUACCUGUGCAGGUUGACUCUGACCACGCUCAGUCAGGCCGACCUGCAGUGGACCAUGUUCCCCCGCCCCUACCUGGCCGCCGUGGCUGCCGACGCAGCACCGGGGUCUGUCGCGUACUCCCUGUCGGCACGGCAACGGGAUGGAAGCCUCGGCCAGCCCCUGUUCCUUUUAUUGGACGGCGGGGAGGACUGCUUCGAGGUCCACCGUAGUUCUGGCGACAUCAGGACCACGGGGCGACCUCUGACCCCCAGCAAGGAGUACCAACUGCGAGUGCAGGCGAUGGACGCUGACGGCCGCAAAGGACCGCCGGCCGUGGUGUCCAUCCUGGCGGGCUACCGGCCGCCGCAGUUCACCAACGCCUCGUACAGCCUGAGCGUGGCGGAGAACGUGGCCGUCGGCCAACCCGUGGGAGCGGUCCUGGCCGUCUCCUUCCAGAAGAAGACGCUGGCCUACGUGUUGCAGGUGAAUCCCGGCAACCUGUUCAGCAUCAACCAAGAGAGCGGCAUGCUCGGCCUGACGCGGGGCGUGGACUACGAGAGCGGACACAACAUGCACACUCUUCAGGUCCGAGCCUCCGAACCCGACACCGGCCUCAGCGGACUGACCGAGGUUGUUGUCCACAUAACAGAUGAGAACGACUGCACUCCUGAGUUCCUCCACUCCAUCUACACUCGAGACAACAUUCCUGAGAACGUCGCACCCGGAACGUCGCUGCUGCAAGUUUUGGCGCGGGACUGCGACUCGGGCAUCAACUCGGAGCUCUCCUACUCGGUGCACAGCAGCGACUUCGACAUCACCCCGGGGGGCGUGGUCAGCCCCGCCCGCCGCCUGGACUACGAGCGGCCCAAUCACGUCUACGAGUUCUCGGUGGUCGCCGUGGACGCGGGGACUCCGCCCCGCACGGGCUCCGCCUCCGUGCGCGUCCGAGUGGCCAACAGCAACGACGAGUCCCCCGUCUUCUCGCAGAGCGUUUACAAGACCUUCCUCAGCGAGGAUGCCGGGCCCGACACGCUGGUGGCCAUCGUCCACGCCAACGACCCCGACGGGGACGCCGUGUCGUACGCCAUCACCGGCGGCAACGAGGACAGCAACUUCCUGCUGGACAACCAGAAAGGCAUCAUUAAGUUACGCCGGAGUCCUCCUCCCAGACUGCGAGGGCCCCAGUAUGUCCUCACCAUCACAGCCACCGACGAUAAUGCGUCCGGCGGUCCGUACCCGCUCAGCAGCUCGGCACAGGUCAUCGUAGGGAUCAACGACAUCAACAACAACAAGCCCGUCUUCCAGGAGUGUCAGAACUACAGUCUGAACGCCGCAGUCCUAGAGAACCAGCCCCCCGGGACUUUCGUGCUGAAGGUCCAGGCCCACGACGCCGACAUGGGGGUGAACGGAGAGGUCAAAUAUGGCAUCAUGCACAGAGACGCGGUCUCCGUUGGUUUUGACAUCGACGCCGACACGGGCGUCAUCACGACGACGGCGAGCUUCGAUCGAGAGCGGCAGAGAGAGUUCACGCUGUCCGUGACGGCCACGGACCAAGCCGAGGAGCCGCUCAUUGGCAUCUGUCAGAUUACCGUCCUCAUCGCCGACCAGAACGACAACGACCCCAAGUUUGAGAACAGCCGCUACCAGUACUUCCUGCGAGAGGACACCCCGGUGGGGACCAGUUUCCUGCGAGCGGCGGCGCACGACGACGACCAGGGCAGCAACGCCGCCAUCGUCUACUCGCUGUCCACGCAGACGCCCUCGUACCUGCACAUCAACCCCAGCACGGGAUGGAUCUACGUCAACCAGCCCAUCUCACAGACGUCCAAAAUCAACCGGCAAAUCGUGGCGUCCGACGGCGGCAACCGCAGCGCCUCCGUGGAGCUGAGCGUCAUCAUCACCAACGUCCACAACCAGCCCCCCCAAUGGCAGAGGCCCGAGUACUGGGUGACCGUGCCGGAGAACACCGCCAGGGACGCCAAAAUUGUGACCGUCAAGGCCACGUCCCCGCUGGGCGACCCCAGGGUCACCUACAACCUGGAGGAGGGCCAGGUGCCCGAGACCAACAUGCCGGUGCGCUUUUACAUCAAACCCAACCGGGCGGGCGGUUCUGCGUCCAUCCUAGUGGCGGAGAACCUCGACUACGAGACCACGCGCUUCUUCGCCCUGAGGGUCCGAGUGCAGAACGUGGCCGCCGUGCCCCUGGCCUCCUUCUCCACCGUCUACGUCAACGUGACAGACGUCAACGACAACGUCCCUUUCUUCCUCUCGUCCACAUACGAGGCCACCGUUCCUGAGGGCGCCGAGGUCGGCAUGUCCGUGGCUCAGGUGUCGGCCAUCGACUUUGACUCGGGCCCGCACGGGAUGGUCCGCUACAGCAUCCUGAAGGACGAGAGCGGCGACUCGCAGCUCUUCAGCAUCGACCAACGCAGCGGCGCCAUCACCACCCGUGCCUCCUUCGACCGCGAGCAGAAAGCCUCCUACCUGAUCGAGGUGCAGUCACAGGACGGCUCCGAGUCGGCACGACCGGGCCAGCAGGACCAGCCCAACACCGACACGGCGUACGUCAGGAUCUUCGUCGCCGACGUCAACGACAACGCUCCGACGUUUGCCCGCCCGGUGUACGAGGUGAGCGUGGAGGAGGACAAGGAGGUGGGCUACGUGGUCAUCACCGUCACCGCCAACGAUGAAGACGAAGGUGCCAACGCCAAGCUGCGCUACCAGAUCGCGGCGGGAAACACCAUGGGCACCUUCGACGUGGAGCCGGAGGUGGGCACCAUCUUUGUGGCGCAGCCGCUGGACUACGAGAUGGAGCGGCGCUACGACCUGCGGCUGGUGGCCUCCGACGGCAAGUGGGAGAACGAGACGCUGGUGGUGGUGCAGGUGGUCAACCGGAACGACGAGGCGCCCGUCUUCACCCGGACGGAAUACCACGCCGUCGUCACGGAGGAGCUGACGGAACUUCCUGUUUUCAUCAUGGAGGUUUCAGCCACCGAUCCGGACCAAGACGCGGAUCAGACCGCCCUCCGCUACUCCCUCCACGGACAAGGUGCCGGAGGCGAGUUUACCAUCGACGAACGCACCGGGAGAAUUUACGCCCAGCGCCGCUUAGAUCGGGAAGAACGUCCAGCCUGGAGAUUCCUCGUACUGGCAACAGACGAGGGAGGAACCGGGCUCACAGGAUUCGCUGACGUUCUGCUGGAGGUCCGUGAUGUCAACGACAACGCGCCGUUCUUCCCGUGCCCGGCGCUGGAAGUCGAUGGCUGUUUUGUCGGCCAGGUGGCAGAGAAUUCCCCUGCCGACACCUCCGUCAUGGAGAUGAGAGCCAUGGACCUGGACGACCACAACGAGGGAAAGAACGCGAUGCUGACCUACAGCAUCAUCAAGAAUGUUCGCAACGAGAUCAACCUCAACCUGUUCUCCAUCAACGCCAAAACAGGGACCAUCUACACGGUUCUACGCUCCCUGGACCGCGAGGUGGAGGAACGCUACCUGGUGGUGGUGGAGGCCAAAGAUGGAGGCGGGUUGGCAGGGACGGGGACUGCAACUAUCUUGGUUUCGGACGUCAAUGACCACCCACCCAUUUUCUCCCAAAGGGUCUACACCACUCAGGUCGCCGAGGACCUGGAAGUCAACAGCGAGGUGCUUGUCGUGUCCGCCACAGACGGAGACCGGGACGAAAACGCCGUGGUAACCUUCAGCAUCGUCGGGGGUGAUGAAGACAGAAAGUUCUUCAUGGAGACGGACAAGGCGAAUCGUCGCGGCGUGAUCAAGCUGAAGAAGACGGUGGACUUCGAGAAGCCUCAGGAGAGGACUUUCAACCUGACUCUGAAGGCUGAAGACGCCGACUUCUUCAGCCUGGCCAACUGCCUCGUUCAGGUCCAAGACGCCAACGACCACGCCCCGGUCUUUUUCCCCCAGUUCUACGAGUCGCCGGCCAUGUCCGAGGACGUUCCUGUAGGGACGAUUAUUGCUCAGGUAUCGGCGACGGAUCUGGACUCGGAACAAAACGGACGCUUUUCUUACAGCAUUGCCAGCGAGUCGGACCCCUACAGUCAGUUCCUGGUGGACCAGUCGGGUUGGGUGGUGGUAGCUCAUCCUUUGGACAGGGAGAGGAUCUCGCAGCACAGGAUCGUGGUCCUGGCCAUGGACACCGGCAGCCCAACUCUGACCGGCACUGCCAUCGUCAUGGUAACAGUGCUGGACAUCAAUGACAACGGCCCAGAGUUUGAGGCCCCUUACCGGCCAGUCGUCUGGGAGAACACGGCGGCCCCCCAGGCGGUGCGCAUGAACGACACCUCCCUUCUCCUCUACGCCACCGACCGCGACACCUCCUCCAACGGCGGACCCUUCUCCAUACGGCUCCUCAUGCUCACCUCGGACGCCACCAGCUUCAACCUGACCGACUUCCGGAACGGCAGCGCGGCCGUCACAGCCCUGCGCACCUUCGACCGCGAGCGCCAGAAGGAGUACCGCCUCCCCAUUCUUAUGAUCGACAGCGGCUCGCCUGCCAUGAGCUCGACCGGUACGCUGACGGUAAUCAUCGGCGACAGGAACGAUCACCCGCACUCGCCGGGACACACCAACUUCAUCGUUUACAGCCACGAAGGUGUCCUCCCGAUGACAGUGCUGGGCCAAGUCCAGUCCCCGGACCUCGAUGACUGGAGCGAAAAGUCGUACCGAUUUGAAGGCAAACCAUCAAGGUUGUUCGGUCUCAACCAGAGCUCCGGUCAGCUUAGCAUCAGGGAGGGGGCGCCGCCGGGCUCGUACCGCCUCCAGGUGCGCGUGUCCGACCCCACCUGGCCGGACGUCACAUCCACGGCGCAGGUGGACGUGGUGGAGCUGCCACAGGACGCUUUGGACAACGCUGCCUCCGUCCGCCUCCGCAACGUGACGCUGGAGGACUUCUUCGCCACUCCAGAAGGGGAGGAGAGCCGCUCUUCGCUUCUGGGUCGGACGCUGGCGCGCCUCCUGGGAACGGCGGCGGAGAACGUGCACGUCUUCUCCGGCCGAGAGCGGGGACGGGAGCUGAGCGUGUGGUUCGCCGCCCGCGGCUCGCCAUACUACAAGGCCGAGAAGCUGCACGGCUACGUGGCGGCCAACAAAGCCCAGCUGGAAGCCGUAUUGGGCGUGGCCAUCUCCCAGGUGGGCGUUGACGACUGUCCCCACACGGACUGCAGCCACGCCGGCGGCUGCACCACCGAAGUGUCGUUUGGUCAGACCCCAACGCCUCUCAGCUCGGGUAACGUCUCCCUGGUUUCCCUGCCGGCCAGAACGUCGGUGCGUUGUGGCUGUCGGGGUCGAGAGGCGACCCACCUGCCUUGCUCCGCCUACUCCACCAACCCCUGCCUCAACGGCGGCACGUGCCAGGAUGGAGCACUAGGAUACAGCUGCAAGUGUCCGCCCAUGUUCAACGGGCCCGAGUGCCAGCAGACCAAGCACAGCUUUGGUGGGCGGGGCUAUGCGUGGUUCCCUCCCCUCAGGCCGUGCUUCCAGAACCACAUCUCUCUGGAGUUCCUCACCGAGUCGCCCGACGGGCUGCUUCUUUACGACGGGCCACUCGGCAGCGCUCAGCCCGGCGAGCCCGACGACUUCCUUUCCAUCGAGUUGAAGAACGGCAUUCCGGUUCUGAACGUGAACCACGGCUCUGGGACGUUGACACUGCAGCUGCCGCCUACGUCCAAUGUCGCCGACCGCCGCUGGCAUCGCCUUGACAUCACCAGCGAUGGGAAGGCUGUGCAGCUGGUCCUGGACCAGUGUUUGGGGGCGCCGGUGAGCGAGCUGGAGGGACUCGGCGGAGAUCUCCACGAGCCAAACGAGUUCAGCUGCAGAGUUGCAGGAGAGACGCCCGGCAACGAGAGGUAUCUAGACGUGUAUCAGCCUCUUCAGCUGGGCGGCGUGAAGGAGGCGUCUACCCGCCGGCGUUACCAGAGCUUCUCAGGCUGCAUCCGCAACCUGGCGGUGGACAGCGAGGUGUACGACCUGGUGUCGCCCGGCGAGAGCGUGGACAGCACGCCCGGGUGCAAGGUGACCGAUGGCGUGUGCGUGACGGCGGCGGGACCCUCCUGCGGCGCCCACGCUUCCUGCCUUGCCGACUGGGGCGCCUUCAGCUGCGAGUGUCACCCGGGGUACAGCGGACACAAGUGUGACUCAGUCGUUCCAGAAUUCUCUUUGGACUCAAACAGCGCGCUGAGGUUCCACCUUCGAGGAGGCAGCAACAGCCGCCGCACCAACAUCCAGAUGCUGCUGCGCACGAGGGCCACCUCGGGCACCCUGCUCUCCGUGACGUCCCGGGAGGCCAACAAGUACAUCGUGCUGGAGAUCGCAGAGGGCCACCUGGCGGUUCGGGCCAACCUCGGCGACGGUGCCCACGCGGCGAGACUUCCGAGUCAGCGUGUGGACAUCGGCCAGUGGGUCCUCGUCAGCCUCAGUCGCCACGACAACCUCUUCACCCUGCAGCUGGAGCAGGGCGGAGGCGCGCGGGAGGUCCACGCCCGCCUGGGGGGCCGCAGGGAGCUGGUGGUGGACCCGGCCAGCAUCACGGUGGGCAACGGACCCGACGGCCCGGACCAGGCCGACUUUCAGGGUUGCGUGCGGGACGUUCGCUUCAACGGGCGCCCGCUCCCUCUGGACGGGAUGAGCAGCGACCUCGUGACCGUACUGGAGAGGCGGGGCGUCACUUUUGGCUGCUUUACCGACGCCUGUCGAACGCAACCCUGCCGGAGUCCGCUGCGAUGUGUCGACCUGUGGAGGAAACACCAGUGCAGGUGUCCCGGGGGUCAGGUGACCGUGACGGAGGAGUCGGGCGAGCAGCGGUGCGUGCCGUCGCCCUGCGGCCGCGCCUCCUGCCGCAACGGCGCCGUCUGCCAGGCGGUUUCACCGGAGAGCUACCGGUGCCGCUGCCUGGAGGGCUUCAGGGGUCAGCACUGCGAGUUGGGCCAAGUCCGAGGUCACCGCAUGGCCGCCCUCAGCCCCAGCUCCAUCUUGGCCAUCAGCAUGUGUCUGCUCGUCUUCUUCGCCGUGCUGGUGGCGGUGACGGUCUGGAACCAGAAAGGCAGCCGUAACAAGUUCCGCAAGCGAGGCGUCUACCACAUCCCGGCGGAACACGAGAGCUGGGAGGACAUCCGAGAGAACAUCCUCAACUACAACGAGGAGGGCGGCGGCGAGCAGGACCAGAACGUGUACGACAUCACGGAGCUGAAGCGUCCGCUGUGCUCCAGCCUGUCGCAGUCGUCGUCGUGCACCACGGCGCCACUCAUCAAGUCCUCGCCGGGCUCGCAGGAGGAGGUGCGGCCGUCCAGCUCGUCCUGCAGCUACCUCAGCAUCCCGCACCACCACCACUAUCACCACCAUCACCACACGCACCUGCAGCAGCAGCACGGCGGCAGGGAGGCAGAGUCCAACGAGCCCACGCCGUGCUCCCAUGUGGACUUUAAGAGCUACGUGGCGCGCAUCCUCUGGGAGGCGGACAACGACUGUGACGCCCUCCCGCCGGACGCCUUCCGCGUGUGGUGCGUGGAAGGCUCGGGGACGCCGGCGGGAAGCCUCAGCUCGCUGGGCGGCGGCGAGGAGGAGGAGGAGGAGGAGGAGGGAGAGGGGGCGGCGCACGAGCGGCUGUCACGCUGGGGGCCCAAGUUCAAGACGCUGAGCGAGAUGUACGACCGCCCCCAGCUGGCACUCACGCACGGCGAGGCGCUGGCCUACAUGCACACCGCUGCCCAUUCUCAGCACCACUAGGGGGCGCAAAAGAUGAGCGUCAACGUUAGCAAGGGACAAACUUUGCUGGAACCUUCUGGAAGGUUUCUUCUCAGCUGCCUUAAUGUACUUGCAAGUGUUGACGCCAUUCCUCCGCCGACCACACGGUGACGCCACUAUGGAGGUUCUUUUGUCUUUAUUACGAAACCUUUUGUUUUUUAAUAUUUGUGAACUAAAUGUAUUACAUCAAAUUAUAAUUAUAAAUUAGUUAAAAAUACAUCUAACAUAUUAGAUUUAUUCUAAAAGAAUAGAUAAAUUAUAUAAUAUCAUAGAUAGAUUUUAAGAAUUAAUAAAAAAUUUAGCUUAUUAAAAUACAGUGGUUUGAAAUUAAUUGUGUCAAAAUUAAGUGCAAAAGAAUUUCGGUGCAAAAUUUGGAAAAAAAAAUCAUUAAAAAUUAAUUAUGAUUAUUUUAUUUUUUUUAUCUAGCAAAAUGGUCAGCUUUUCAAAUACUGUGUUUUAAAAUUAACUGUGUAAACAUUCAGUGUAAAAGAAAUCCAGCCCGUGAAAAUUCUGUGCAAAAAUUGAAAUUAAUUGAUUAAAAAUGAACUGCUUUUUUUUAGCAAAAUGUGUGUAUUUAAAAAAAAUCUGUUUAUUAAAAUACAGUGUUUUAAAAUUAACUGUGUAAAAAUUCAGUGUAAAAGAAAUCCAGCCUAUAAAAAUUAUUUGCAAAAAUUGAAAUUAAUUAAUUAAAAAUUAACUGCAUUUUUUAGAAAAAUUGGUGUAUUUAAAAAAAUAUUUUUUUUAGCAAAAUGGUCAGCUUAUUCAAAUACUGUGUUUUAAAAUUAACUGUGUAAAAAUUCAGUGUAAAAGAAAUCCAGCCUAUAAAAAUUCUGUGCAAAAAUUGAAAUUAUUUAAUUAAAAAUUAACUUCAUUUUUUAGAAAAAUGGGUGUACUUAAAAAAUCUGUUUAUUAAAAUACAGUGUUUUAAAAUUAAUUGUGUCAAAAUCAAGUGCAAAAGAAUUUCGGUGCAAAAUUUUGAAAAAAAUUCAUUAAAAAUGAAUUAUGAUUUUUUUUUUUUUUUUUUUUUUUUUUAGCAAAAGGGUCAGCUUAUUUAAAUACUGUGUUUUAAAAUUAACUGUGUAAAAAAUCAGUGUAAAAGCCUAUGAAAAUUCAGUGCAAAAAUUUAAAUAAUUAAAAUGUAACUGCUUUUUUAGCAAAAUGUGUGAAUUUAAAAAAUCUGUUUAUUAAAAGACAGUGUUUUAAAAUUAAUCGUGUGAAAAUUCAACCAAAAAGAAGUCAGUGCAAAAAAGAUUCGGCCUAUACAAAUUUUGUGCAAAAAUUUGAAUUAAUUUAUUAAAAAUGUAUUAUAAAUUUUUGAGCAAAAUGGUUGUAUUUUAAAAUCCAUCUUAUUAAAAAACAGUGCUUUAAAUUAUGAAACAGUGUAAAAGAAUUCAGUGCAAAAAUUUGAAUUAAUUAAUUGAAAAUGAAUUAUGAUUUUUUUAAACCGAAAUGAAUGUAUUAAAAAAAAUAGUUUAUUAAAAUAGUUUUGUUUUUUUAAUUUUGUAAAAAUUCAGUGUAAAAAAAUGCAGCCUAUUAAACUUAAUUGCAAAAAUUAGAAUUUAUGAUUUUUUGAGCAAAAUGGGUGUUAAUUAAUUUUAAAACACUAUAGCAAAAUUUUUAGUGUAAAAAUUGAGUGUAAAAGAAGAGUGCAAAAAAAUCCAGCCUAUAAAAAUUCAGUGCAAAAAUUGUAAUUAAUUAAACAAAUUAUUAACUUUUCAGUGAAAUGGGUGUAUUUAAAGAUUCAGUUUAUUAAAAUACAUUGUGUAAAAAUUCAGUGUAAAAGAAUUCAGUGCAAAAAAAAUCCAGUUUAUAAAAAUUUGUUGCAAAAAUUGAAAUUAAUUAAUCAAAAAUUAAUUAUGAAUUUUGGAGCAAAAUGGGUGUAUUUGAAAAUUCUGUUUAUUAAAAUAUAGUGUUUUAAAAUUAAAUGUAAGAAUUCAGUGCAAAAAAAAUGCACCCUAUAAAAAUUCAGUGCAAAAAUCAGAAAUACUGUAAUUAAUUAAAAAUUAGUUAUGAAUGUUUUAGCAAACUGGGUGUGUUUUAAAAAAUUAUGUUAUUCAAAUAGAGUGUUUUAAAAUUAAUCGUGUAAAAUAAUUCAGUGAAAAAAAAUCCAGUUUAUAACAAAUCUGUGCAAAAAUUGUAAUUAAAGAAUUAAAAAUAGCUAUGAUUUAUUUUUUUUAUUUUUUUUUAGCAAAAUUGGUGUAUUUAAAAAUUCAGCUUAUUAAAAUACAGUGUUUUAAAAUUAAUUAUGAAAAGAAUUCAGUGCAACAAAAAAAAAUCCAGCCUAUAAAAAUUUAGUGCCAAAAUAUGUGUUGUUUCAAAACUUGAGACUCCUUUCUUGUAAAUUAAGACUGAAGCAAUCAAACCUGUCUCAGAUUCAGUCUUAAAAUACCGGAUGUGGUUCUUGAAUUUUAAAGCAACAAAUAUUUAUGCAAUAUUUUUUCUACACUGAUUUUUUUAUCCACUUGUUUUUUUGCACUGAAUUUUUAUACACCUUUUUUUUUUACACAAAAUUUUUAUUCAACGAAAUUGUCAGCAUAAUUUGAUGUAAAAAAAAUAAAAAAUCUGUUCACAAAAUUCAAACGCUAAAAUUAAAAAGUUUUCGUAAUAAAAACCCCAACUGACCUCGGAAAUAUGUUUGGAAUAUUCCACUAGAACAUUUUAAUUGAUCAAAACAAAAAAAAUAAGAGAAAAAUGAUCAAUGCAAAUCCUAAAUCCACGGAGGUGUGCAUUGGGAUCCUUUCCUGGGAGAGUUCUCCUGCCAGACUUGGACCAUGGCGUCACUUCUGUCCUGGAGAGUCCAAAGAGACUCCACCUCCUAAAGUCCUUCAUUUGGAUCCCGGUCUCAUGGACGGACCAGCCAGUCCACUGGUGUUUCUAUCAUGCAGGAACUGCUGACGCCAGAGGAAGCUUUGUCAGGCAUCACAAGGUACACAACAGCGGAACGUGUGAGCGCACUUGGUCUGGUCCAAAGUGGCCAUGGAGGACAGAAGGUUCUUCCCAAUCAUGAGCACAAAUGUUGGUCAGGCCCUCGGACCUCCUUCGUAGACUCUUUCUUUGAUCACCAUCCUGAACUGUAGAAAGAAGUGACUACACUGUAAAAAAAAAAUUUAUUAAUUAUUAAUUUUUUAGAAAAAUGGGUGUUUUUAAAAAGUCAGCUUAUUAAAAAACAGUGUUUAAAAAAAAUUGGAAUGAAUUAAUUAGGAAUUUUUGAGCAAAAAGGGUGUAUUCAGCGUAUUAAAAUACAGGUUUUUAAAAUUAAUUGUGUAAAAAAUCAGUGUAAAAGAAUUAAGUGCCAAAAAAAAAUCCAGCCUAUGAUAAUUCAGUGCAAAAAUUGGCAUUAAUUAAUUAUGAAUUUUUGAGCAAAAUGGGUGUUUAAAAUUUCAGCGUAUCAAUAUACAGUGUUUUCAAAUUCAUUGUGUAAAAAUUCAGUGUAAAAGAAUUCAGUGCCAAAAAAAUUCCAGCCUAUAAAAAUUCAGUACAAAAAUUGGAAUUAAUUAAUAAAAAAUGUAUUAUUAAUUUUAUGAGCAAAAUGUUUGUAUUUAAAAAUUCAGUUUAUUAAAAUACAGUGUUUUAAAAUCAAUUGUGAUCAGUCAGGUGAUCGGUAUCUGUAUCGGCCAAUCUCACUCAUGGAUGAUUAAAGCAUUCAUGAAAAAUGUCCAUAAAAAUAACAUUGGGACUAUUUUCGAUUUACAGUAACCACAAAAAAGUAUUUUUUAUUUUAUUUUUUACAGUGAAAUUGACUUUUUAAUUUAUUUUUACAGUCGUGUCACUUUUCCGUCCCAGCACCAAGCAACAGGUGGCGUUCCUGCUGCCAGGUAGUGGUCCUCACAAGCCCCGCCCCCUUUCGCGUCUCCUCCCGCCCCCAGCCUGUCUCCUGCUUUCUCCUCCGGCAGGAAUCGUUCUUGCCACAGCACACGCUGCCGCUGCUGCUACUACCUCCCAAAAACGCUGAGUCGACUUCCUUUGGACUUUGUUGCCCCCCGGCAGGUGGAUUUACUCCAAGCUAUGCAGCGUGUUUUGUCUUGGACUCCUUUUUUGGCUUCUUUGUUCACUUUAAAAGUCACGUGAUAGCGUGUAAAUAAGAACAUUUUAUAACGGAGCUGACACAGACAAUUCCUUUUGUAUAUGAAUUUCAAUAAAAAUGACUUUUC